GAGGAGGUGAAGCCGGGACCAGCCAGGCGGAGAUGGCGGGGCCACCGUCGGGGCUGGCGCCAGGGCUCCGCCGGCUGAGGGCCCAGCAGCUCCAGUGAAAGGAGCCCUUCUGUCACUGGUCCCUCGCUCGCUCGCUGGCUGGCGGUGGGAGGAGCCCGGAGGAAGCUGUGCGCCCGGGAGGCCAGGAGCGGAGAUGGAUCUGCUCCGAGAGGGGACGCUGCUGAAGACCCGGGCUUCCCGAGGCGGCUAGAGAACAGCCACUUGUGCCGACUGGCUGCGGAGACCGGAGGCGCAGGAGCCGGAGGCCCCGGAGACGGCGGGACAGACAGCUGGUGGGCGACCGGGCUAGGACCGCGGCGCAGGCUGAGCCCCGCGAGCCGAGCAGGGGAAACUCACUGCGAGCCCAAGUUGCCCGCCGGCUCGCCCUCGCCGCGCCGAGGAAUGAAACCUUCCCAGCUCCACCUGCUCCUCGUCUGCUUCUUCCUCUUCAGUCAAGAGCUGGGCCUCCAGAAGAGAGGAUGCUGUCUGGUGCUGGGCUACAUGGCCAAGGACAAGUUUCGGAGAAUGAAUGAAGGUCAAGUGUACUCCUUCAGCCAGCAGCCCCAGGACCAGGCCGUGGUGUCGGGGCAGCCAGUAACACUGCUUUGUGCCAUUCCGGAAUAUGAUGGCUUUGUCCUGUGGAUCAAAGACGGCUUGGCACUGGGUGUGGGCAGGGACCUCUCAAGUUACCCACAGUACCUGGUGGUGGGGAACCACCUGUCGGGAGAGCACCACCUGAAGAUCCUGCGGGCAGAGCUGCAAGAUGACGCCGUGUACGAGUGCCAGGCCAUCCAGGCCGCCAUCCGGUCCCGGCCCGCACGCCUCACCGUCCUGGUGCCACCCGAUGACCCCGUCAUCCUGGGGGGGCCCGUGAUCAGCCUGCGGGCAGGGGACCCCCUCAACCUCACCUGCCACGCAGACAACGCCAAGCCUGCGGCUUCCAUCAUCUGGCUGCGGAAGGGAGAGGUCAUCAACGGGGCCACCUACUCCAAGACCCUGCUUCGUGACGGCAAGCGUGAGAGCAUCGUGAGCACCCUCUUCAUCUCCCCCGGAGACGUGGAGAACGGGCAGAGCAUUGUGUGCCGGGCCACCAACAAAGCCGUCCCCGGAGGGAAGGAGACCUCGGUCACCAUCGAUGUCCAGCACCCCCCACUCGUCAACCUGUCCGUGGAGCCACAGCCCGUGCUGGAAGACAACGUCGUCACCUUCCACUGCUCUGCCAAGGCCAACCCGGCGGUCACCCAGUACAGGUGGGCCAAGCGGGGCCAGAUCAUCAAGGAGGCGUCGGGAGAAGUGUACCGGACCGCUGUGGACUACACGUACUUCUCCGAGCCCGUCUCCUGUGAGGUGACCAACGCCCUGGGCAGCACCAACAUCAGCCGCACUGUGGACGUCUACUUCGGGCCCCGGAUGACGGCGGAGCCCCAGUCCCUGCUCGUGGACCUGGGCUCGGACGCCGUCUUCAGCUGCUCCUGGACCGGAAACCCGUCCCUGACCAUCGUCUGGAUGAAGCGGGGCUCCGGCGUGGUCCUGAGCAAUGAAAAGACCCUGACCCUCAAAGCCGUCCGCCAGGAGGAUGCUGGGAAGUACGUGUGCCGAGCGGUGGUGCCUCGGGUGGGGGCCGGGGAGCGAGAGGUGACCCUGACUGUCAAUGGACCCCCCAUCAUCUCCAGCACCCAGACCCAGCACGCCCUCCACGGCGAGAAGGGCCAGAUCAAGUGCUUCAUCCGGAGCACGCCGCCGCCCGACCGAAUAGCCUGGUCGUGGAAGGAGAACGUGCUGGAGUCGGGGACGUCGGGGCGCUACACAGUGGAGACGGUCAGCACGGAGGAGGGUGUCAUCUCCACCCUGACCAUCAGCAACAUCGUGCGGGCCGACUUCCAGACCAUCUACAACUGCACCGCCUGGAACAGCUUCGGCUCCGACACCGAGAUCAUCCGGCUCAAGGAGCAAGGUUCGGAAAUGAAGUCGGGAGCCGGGCUGGAAGCAGAGUCCGUGCCGAUGGCCGUCAUCAUCGGGGUGGCCGUGGGCGCCGGUGUGGCCUUCCUCGUCCUCAUGGCAACCAUUGUGGCCUUCUGCUGCGCCCGCUCCCAGAGAAAUCUCAAAGGCGUCGUGUCAGCCAAGAACGAUAUCCGCGUGGAGAUCGUCCACAAGGAGCCCGCCUCCGGCCGGGAGGCAGAGGACCACCCCACCAUCAAGCAGCUGAUGAUGGACCGGGGUGAAUUCCAGCAAGACUCAGUCCUCAAGCAGCUGGAGGUCCUCAAAGAAGAGGAGAAGGAGUUUCAGAACCUGAAGGACCCCACCAAUGGCUACUACAGUGUCAACACCUUCAAGGAGCACCACUCAACCCCCACCAUCUCACUGUCCAGCUGUCAGCCGGACCUGCGCCCUGCAGGCAAGCAGCGGGUGCCCACGGGCAUGUCCUUCACCAACAUCUACAGCACCCUGAGCGGCCAGGGCCGUCUCUAUGACUACGGCCAGAGGUUCGUGCUGGGCAUGGGCAGCUCGUCCAUCGAGCUCUGUGAGCGCGAGUUCCAGAGGGGCUCCCUCAGCGACAGCAGCUCCUUCCUGGACACGCAGUGUGACAGCAGCGUCAGCAGCAGCGGCAAGCAGGACGGCUACGUGCAGUUCGACAAGGCCAGCAAGGCCUCUGCCUCCUCUUCCCACCACUCCCAGUCCUCUUCCCAGAACUCCGACCCCAGCCGACCCCUGCAGCGGCGGAUGCAGACUCACGUCUGAGGAUCCCCCACCGCCGGCAGGGAGGCGGGAGACUGGGGCCACGGCAUGUCCUGGCUCUCCAGACGACAUGGGUACUUUACAGAGGAUCCCAGGACCAGCAGCCUCCAGGACAGCCCCAGAGUGCCUCUGCCACCGCCCUGCUCCGAAGCCCCGAUCAAGCACAAAUCUGGGUCCCCGUCUGCAGCUGGCCAGAGGCGCAGGGUGGGGUAGUGUCAGAGGACGCAGCUGAGUGCGCUGUGCUCCGCGCUGGACACUUGGGUCCCCAGCCCUUUCCUGGAGGCCCCUCCCUUCCUGCACUUCCCGCAGGCACUAGAGGCAGCUCUAACUUGGCUUUAAUGAAACUGCCGAUCACUCUCCAGUCUCCCUGUGAGCUCUGUCCCUGGCUGCCCGUAAGCUCCGCCCCCGCGCCUGUGCUCCCCUGAGACUCUAGGGAGAUGAGGUGAAGCGCUUCCCAACACUGAGCUGCCCCAGAGGCCCCAGCGCCCUCUGCUGCUCAGAGCUGGAAAUGGCCCUGGACACAGGACCGUCUCUCACCACACUGGCUGGGAGCCCACCCCCAAAUUGUUUGGUGUUUUGUGUCCAUACUCUUGCAGUUCUGUCCUUGGACUGAUGCCUCUGAACUCUGGGGAGGGACUGGUCCAGUCAGUGACUGGGGUCUUGGGAGGGGGAGGGAGGGGAGGAGGGAAAGUGCGAACGUUCGGGGAACACCUGACCUGACACGCCCCGCCCCCUAGCCAGGUUGUGAGCCCCAGAGCCUUCCCGCCCAACCCUGCUUUGCAUACUCCCUCUCCUCUACAGCACCUCAGAGUUAACAUAAGGAGUGUGAGAGCUUCUCUGGUCAUCGCGGAGAGGGUUUCCUGGCAGAUGUAGGUUUGAGAGGACUAGAGGCCAGGUCUUUAGGGUGAUGAGACUUGCUUUCUCAGCUGAUGACUCUCCAGGGACCUGGAUUCACACCAGGAACAGUGGCCCUGUCUCCUCAAGACGCCACCGGCAAGAGAGACAGUACAUCAACACCUUAUCCCUCCUACUCCCCACGCGAGAAUAAAUGUUAGGGUUGUUACUCCAACAAAUUUGUGCUUUCCUUGUGUUCCCAAAGAGCCACAGGAAGGGCCCAAGAGCUUUGGAGACCCAGGGUUCUUUCCCCCCAUGUGAUUCCGUUUUCCUAGCUCAUGAAGGCA